AUGUUCCCUGGCGGUCUGGCUCCGUGUUCCAUCUGCAGCUCCUCUCUGAUUGUUGUUGCCAUCCAAAACAUACCCCGCACCCUCAUGCUGGCCUACCCCGCACCCUCAUGCUGGCCUACCCCGCACCCUCAUGCCGGCCUACCCCGCACCCUCAUGCUGGCCUACCCCGCACCCUCAUGCUGGCCUACCCCGCACCCUCAUGCUGGCCUACCCCGCACCCUCAUGCUGGCCUACCCCGCACCCUCAUGCUGGCCUACCCUGCACCCCCAUGCCGGCCUACCCCGCACCCCCAUGCCGGCCUUCCCCUGCACCCCCAUGCCGGCCUACCCUGCACCCCCAUGCCGGCCUACCCUGCACCCUCAUGCCGGCCUACCCCGCACUCCCAUGCCGGCCUACCCAGCACCCUCAUGCCGGCCUACCCUGCACCCCCAUGCCGGCCUACCCCGCACCCCCAUGCCGGCCUUCCCCUGCACCCCCAUGCCGGCCUACCCCGCACCCUCAUGCCGGCCUACCCCGCACUCCCAUGCCGGCCUACCCAGCACCCUCAUGCCGGUCUACCCCGCACCCCCAUGCCGGCCUACCCCGCACCCCCAUGCCGGCCUACCACGCACCCUUUUGCCGGCCUACCCCGCACCCUCAUGCCGGCCUACCCCGCACCCUUUUGCCGGCCUACCCCGCACCCCCAUGCCGGCCUACCCCGCACCCUCAUGCCGGCCUACCCCGCACCCCCAUGCCGGCCUACCCCGCACCCUCAUGCCGGCCUACCCCGCACCCCCAUGCCGGCCUACCCCACACCCUCAUGCCGGCCUACCCCGCACCCUCAUGCCGGCCUACCCCGCACCCCCAUGCCAUCCUACCCCGCACCCCCAUGCCGGCCUACUCCACACCCUCAUUCCGGCCUACCCCGCACCCCCAUGCCGGCCUACCCCGCAACCUCAUGCCGGCCUACCCCACACCCCCAUGCCGGCCUACCCCGCACCCUCAUGCCGGCCUACCCCGCACCCCCAUGCCGGCCUACCCCGCAUCCUCAUUCCGGCCUACCCCGCACCCCCAUGCCGGCCUACCCCGCACACCCAUGCCGGCCUACCCCGCACCCCCAUGCCGGCCUACUCCACACCCUCAUUCCGGCCUACCCCGCACCCCCAUGCCGGCCUACCCCGCACCCUCAUGCCGGCCUACCCCGCACCCCCAUGCCGGCCUACCCCGCACCCUCAUGCCGGCCUACCCCGCACCCCCGUGCCGGCCUACCCAGCACCCUCAUUCCAACCUACCCUGCACCCCCAUGCCGGCCUACCCCGCACACCCAUGCCGGCCUACCCCGCACCCCCAUGCCGGCCUACCCCGCACCCUCAUGCCGGCCUACCCCGCACCCCCAUGCCGGCCUACCCCGCACCCCCAUGCCAUCCUACCCCGCACCCUCAUGCCGGCCUACCCCGCACCCUUUUGCCGGCAUACCCCGCACCCUCAUUCCAACCUACCCUGCACCCCCAUGCCGGCCUACCCCGCACACCCAUGCCGGCCUACCCCGCACCCUCAUGCCGGCCUACCCCGCACCCCCAUGCCGGCCUACCCCGCACCCCAUGCCAUCCUACCCCGCACCCUCAUGCCGGCCUACCGCGCACCCUUUUGCCGGCAUACCCCGCACCCCCAUGCCGGUAG